UCUUACAGUUCGCCAAUGGUGCUAUUAUUUGCAGAAUGUAAAGCAAGACAUGGUGUAGCACUAACGAGUCUGGAACCGGUAGUUGAUUGGGGGACCAGACCUCCAUCAGAAAAGGGGUUUCGAAAUAUUCAAAUGAAACGUUUAAUUCCUAACGCUAUUUCCCUCCUCUCCAGUUUUGAUUUGAAGUAUAGCAAAUUAAUAUUAUGUAUCCUUUCCUUGGUAUCUCCCCGCUUCGAAGUGUCCAGGGAAAGUGAAAAAGGGGCACAUGAUAUGAAGAAAGGGAACUGGCAACUUAGGAUCGUAAGGGUUAACUGCCCGUCUCCCUGGAUGGUGAUGUAUAUAAACAGCAAACCUCGUCCUGUGGUUGUUAUUCUACAGAUCUGUCAGCAGAAUCAGCUCAGACUAUACAAAGAGAAGAUGCUGAAACUCGUGCUCCUCUUGUGUGUGCUGAGCCUGGCAGUGGCGAUGCCCCAAUUAAACUGGGAUUUCAACACAGGCCUCAACCUACCGGGAGGCUUCGGUGCCAACGUCAACGCAGGGGCAUCCUAUAACAACCAUCCUUGGGGACCGUACGGAAACGUUGGCGCCGGAGCAAACGUUAACACGCCCUUCGGAAACGUUGGUGGCUCUACCGGCUUCUACCUCCCGGGAAGACGCUAAGUAGGUACUAAAGAGUAACUAUAACUACUGCUACACGAUCAUGAACAACCGCCGACUAACCUUGUUAAGGACUACCGACACUAUCAACUACCCACGAGUACCAGCCACUUGAAAGCGCUAGCGUAGAAGACCACUUAGAAGCUUUGAAGUGCCAAGAAGUGCUCUCUCUUCAAGCACUAAGUAGCUACAAGCACUACCCACCUAGCAGUACUUUAGCAGGGCAUUGAUCACUUAUUAACGCUGACUACGUUAAACACUGAUUACCCCCCCCCCAAAAAAAAAAAAAAAAAAAAAAA